AUGGCCACCGAGAUCCACCCGGCUUCCACCGCCGUCGAGCAAGAUGACUUGAUGAUACCUCUCAUCGAUUUCGGCCCUUUCUUUUCGGGAACUCCCUCCGAUAAACAUGCCGUUGCUCUCUCCAUUACCAACGCCUUCAAAACCUCCGGCUUUAUAUACCUCAAGGCUCAUGGAAUUCCACCAUCCGUGGUGUCCCGAGUCUUUGCCUCAUCAUCACGCUUCUUCAGUCGACCCCAGAGUCAAAAGGACAGUCUGGGCUGGACGACCCCACAGUCGAACCGUGGUUACAUCAAGGCCGGCCGGGAGAAGCUCGCCCCCCUCGAGGAAACAGAGGGAAUCAGUACACUACGCGGCUCCACACCAGAUCUGAAGGAAACAUUGGAGAUCGGUCGGGAAGGUGUUGAAAAUUCACCAAAUCGCUGGCCGGAUCAUCUCGACGAUGAAGGAAAGGAGUUUAAAGAAAUAAUGCUGUCCUUUUUCGAGACCUGCAAGAACCUGCACCAACAAAUAAUGCGAGCUAUUGCUCUUGGCAUGAAUUUGCCCGAACACUUCUUUGACGAAUUUGUCAGUGAAGGCGACAAUAAUCUACGUCUGCUGCACUACCCACCUGUCCGAAAAGAGGUAUUCAAAGACAAUCCGAAUCAAGUUCGCGCUGGGGAGCAUAGUGAUUAUGGCUCGGUCACUUUGUUGUUCCAAGAUCGACAUGGGGGCUUGCAGGUGCGCAGUCCCAAGGGCACUUUUGUGGACGUCACUCCUAUCGCAGAUGCUAUUGUCGUCAAUGCGGGAGAUUUACUGGCUCGGUGGUCCAAUGAUACUAUCACCAGUACUCGUCAUCGGGUAAUCCAGCCACCCAUACCAGCGGGCGAGAGUGACGACUCAGACUCAUAUCCCUCCCGGUAUAGUAUCGCGUACUUUUGCAAUCCUAAUAAUAAUAAGCUGAUCGAGGCACUCCCGGGGACGUACGGUGAAAAUGUGCAUAGAGACAAGAAAUAUGCUGAUAUCACUGCGGGUGAUUAUCUAGUCUCGAGACUGACGGCCACUAUCUGA